GGCUGAUGUCUGGGAGAUUCUCGUUUUUCUGGACCAGAUAAAAGAGGAGGAUGGAGGAUGGAGGAUGACAAGUGAUGACGCACGAGGGAGAGAGAGCGCGCGGGAGAAGGGGACUCCUGGUCCCCCUCCUGCCGGACUCAGUCCGCCUCUGAGGGUGUCGGGUCUGAAAUGACGCAGGUGUAGAGUCGGAUCCUCUCUGCCCACCCCCCUAUCAGGGAGCAGCGGCACGGAGGCGCGCGUGACUCCGCCGUGCGUCCUCUCCGCGCCAUGCGCCCCCUCUCCCCCCAGCGGCCCCCGCUCGGAUGAACGGACGGACUUCGGCGGCGUCCGGGACACCAUGAAGACCACGCGCAAAUGCCGCGCGCUGCUGUCGGUGGCCCUCAACCUGCUCGCGCUCCUCUUCUCCACCACCGCCUUCAUCACCACCUACUGGUGCGAGGGCACCCAGCGCGUGCCCAAGCCCACCUGCAGCAAGCAGCGGCGCCUCAACUGCAUCGACUACGGCGUCAACGAGACGGAUCCCAGCAAGGUGCACUACAGCUGGGAGACCGGCGACGACCGCUUCCUGUUCCGCCGCUUCCACACCGGCAUCUGGUACUCCUGCGAGGAGAACAUCAACGAGGCAGGUGAGAAGUGUCGGAGCUUCAUCGAUCUGGCCCCCGCCUCAGAGAGAGGUGUGCUGUGGCUGUCGGUGGUGUCGGAGGUCCUCUACAUCCUCCUGCUGGUGGUGGGCUUCAGCCUCAUGUGCGUCGAGCUCUUCCACUCCAGCAACGUCAUCGACGGCCUCAAACUCAACGCCUUUGCCGCCGUCUUCACCGUGCUGUCCGGUCUUCUGGGGAUGGUGGCUCACAUGAUGUACACUCAGGUGUUUCAGAUCACCGUCAGUUUGGGGCCUGAAGACUGGAGGCCUCACAGCUGGGACUACGGCUGGUCGUUCUGCAUGGCGUGGGGCUCCUUCACCUGCUGCAUGGCGGCCUCCGUCACCACGCUCAACUCCUACACCAAGACGGUCAUCGAGUUCCGGCACAAGCGGAAGCUGUUCGAGCAGGGCCUCCGCGAGGAGCAGAGCUACCUGGACCAGGAGGCCUACCACUACUUCCAGGACCGCUCCCUCCAGUCCAUCUCCAGCAGCGUGGAGGUCUACCCGGGCCACGGCGCCGCCAGAGCCGGCCUCAUCGUCGGUGGUCCCGGACCGGGCCGGGGAAAGAUGAGGGCGGCGCCGGGGUCCGUGGACCUGGGGGAGAACACGGACUGUCUGGGGGAGGAGCAGUGCUGAGGGAGGAGGCGUGUCUAAACCAGAUCUGGACUCUAGCUUUUCAACAAUCUUUAUUGAUCACAAAACGAUUGACGGACAGAUGUACGGCGUGAUAUCAAAUCUAACAGGAAUUAUUGAUGAAGAGUUGAAAUGAAACCACAGAUUUACCUCUGAUGUUAAAACAAAAGCCCCAGAAUCUGGCUCCUCCCACUAAAACCUAAACUCUGCUCUGAUUGGACAGCCCAGGGAGUCUGAACAGGCCCCGCCUACUGCCAACAAGACACAUAAUAGAAAUGUAUUCACCGCAUUCACUACAAAAACAGACAAUUCUGAUUGAGAAUGUAGAAAAAGUUUGAACCUCAAAAUCCAACAAACUCCUGUUUCCUCAUCUGAGGGUCCGACUGAACACCAGAACCGAAGGCUGAACAGUCUCAUCCUCUAAAGUCCAAACCAGAAAGGCGCCGAGAUGAUGACGGUCAGUUUGUGGCGUUUUACCUGCAGACACAAACGGCUGUUCUGGAUCCAAACGCUGGAGGAUUGAGAGGCAGAAAUCCAAAUUAUGACCAGAAUCAGAACCACAACCAGAACAAGUUUAACUAAAUCAAUAGAAGCUGCAGUGUCUGAGGCUAUGAGAGGGUUAGAGAAGCAGUUAUGUGUCAAUGUGGAAAAACAAAAGGAAGAGAAAUAUUUUCAUAAAAAAAGGAAAACUGCCCACUAAAAAACAGACAUUUGGUUUUUUAAGCAUUUUCAGAUUCUAUUUCAUUUAUUUCCAGUGUUGAAACUGUGAAACUGAAACACAGAUGGAAGAAGUGAAAUCUCUGAAAACUCAUCACAGAUUUUAAAACUGAUUAUCGACUCUUUAAACAUUUGAAUCCUUUAAAACUAAAUCAUCUCUGCAUAAACAGUCAUUUAGUAGCUGUGGUUGAAACCAGGCGAGUCCUGAACGGUUUCAUGGACAUCAGGUUUCUGUGGUUCCGUCUCCGUGAUCCUGCAGGGAUCAGAGUUCGUCUGCUGACCUGAGCGGCGUAAAGAUCAACUUCUCAUUAUCUGUGGAGGAGCUGAUCCGACCUGCUGACCUCUGGACGGCUGCCUGUGACGUGACCGGAGUCCGAUUCUGGUUCUGGAGGACGUUUGAGAGCUCAUCUGCUCCAGAUCACGGUCUGGAAGGACUCGGGUCUUUUAGCUGCAUUUAAAUGUUUUCCUCCUGAGAGAAAAGGGCGCUGGUGUCAGGCGUAAACAGACCUGAAAUCCUCCAUGAACACUUCCAUCACCUGAUGAAUGUUAAUUAGUGGAAACACUAAUUAAUGCAAAAACAUGAAAUAAGACAGAAACGAUCCAGUUGCCGGGCAGAAAAGGGAAAUCUGUGAUGUCAUCAGCUCAGAGCGCUGUCAAAGUCUGUCAAACGUGAACUAUGCUGGUGAGUGAACCAGAUUGUUGAGUGAAGCUCAGAAGAAUCUGGAAUACAAUCAA